AUGCAUAUUUAUAAAUUACUGGACGCUUCUGUAUUCGUUUCCUUACUCAGAGCUUCGAUUUCGCAUUGGCGGCAACAGGGUAAGAAGGGUGUUUGGAUCAAAUUGCCUAUCGACCUCGUAACAUUGUUUCAUGCUUGCUUGCAAGAGGGAUUUUAUCUCCACCAGGCAGAGCCAAAAUACUUGAUGCUUGUUUACUGUAUUCCUGAAACCGCUUAUAUUCUUCCAGCAAAUGCUACUCAUCGUGUGUGUAUUGAUGCUUUUGUCAUGAAUGGAAAGAAAGAGGUGCUCAUGGUCCAAGAAAAGAGAGGAAUGUUACGUGGAACAGCUGUGUGGAAGUUUCCUACAAGAGUUGUUGAAGAGGGUGCAGAUAUUUGUGAUGCUGCAGCUAGAGAAGUAAGAGAAGAGACGAGAAUAGAGACAAAAUUUGUCGAAAUACUGGCAUUCAGAGUCCGAGUCUUAUGCUUUAGUAUUAGUCGUAGGCACAUUCUGCUUAGUCCCUCACAUUGCCUUGCGAGAGAAACAAUGAAGAUACUCCACUUGAAUAUCUCUGUUACAACUUACAACUGCUGCAUUUGUAAGAAGAAGUAG